GGAGAAAUGUCCUUGUAACCUGAUUUCCUUUCUCACCCUUUUACUCAUCCUUAAAAUAUCCUGUUCCCCAGAGACAGCAAGAGAGCCUCCAGAGAAGUCUCUAAUGGAGUGCAGCUCCCUGAGGUUUUGAUGGAGGGGUGGGGAGAACUCUUGUCCUGGCUCAUGGGGUGCUGUGGCCAGGGAUGUGAGGAGGUGGUCAGAGAAGCCCAGAGGAGACAUAGACAUGGCAAAGGAGAGGGACAGGUCCCUGAAGACUCUGCCAAUGUCUUGCCAGCCUUGAUUCAUGGGGCUAUAAGAGACUUUCCUACGAUUUCAGGAAAAUUCAAGUUUUCUCAUGGAUUUCAAAAUAAGAUUGGCAAGGAACAGAACAACACACUGAUUUUCCGAGAAGACAUGGUUAGUUUCGUGUCAGAUAUGAAUAGAGAUGAAGAGGAAAGAAUUCUCUCUGUGAUGGGAAGUCUCCAUCUCCCGGGGAUCUGGCACAGCCCCAUGGCAUUGCUGAGGAGGAGAGGUUUGGAGUUCGUGAUGACAAAUCUCUCUGUGAAUUUUUGAGGGCUGGCCUGUGACUUUCCUUAUUUCAGGCAACAUUUGGUCCAGGCUGCCUAUUCCUAAACUUGAAGACACCAUUAAGAGAUACCUCCGUGCACAGAAGCCUCUCUUGGAUGAUGGCCAGUUCAGGAAGACAGAACAGUUUUGCAAGAGCUUUGAAAAUGGGAUUGGAAAACAACUGCAUGAGCAGCUAGUUGCUCAGGACAAGCAGAAUAAACAUACGAGCUACAUUUCAGGUUGACAGCCAGGUGUGAAUGUUGUCCCUGAAAGGAGAUAAAACAAGAGAAAUCCAAGGAGAUGGGUGGGAACUAACACCUGUUCGUUUGAGCGUGAAUACAGGCCCCUGGUUUGAUAUGUACCUGUGUGCUCGAGACUCCAUUGUCUUGAAUUUUAAUCCAUUUAUGGCAUUCAACCCCGACCCAAAGUCUGAGUAUAAUGACCAGCUCACCAGGGCAACCAACAUGACUGUUUCUGCCAUCCGGUUUCUGAAGACACUUCGGGCUGGUCUUUUGGAGCCAGAGGUUUUCCACUUGAACCCUGCGAAAAGUGACACUGAUACCUUCAAGAGACUCAUACGCUUUGUGCCUUCUUCUCUAUCCUGGUAUGGGGCCUACUUGGUCAAUGCUUAUCCCCUGGAUAUGUCCCAAUAUUUUCGGCUUUUCAAUUCAACCCGUUUACCCAAACCCAUUCAGGAUGAACUCUUUACUAAUGAGAAGGCUAGGCACCUCCUGGUCCUAAGAAAAGGACAUUUCUAUGUUUUUGAUGUCCUAGAUCAAGACGGAAACAUUGUGGGUGCCUCUGAAAUCCAGGCUCAUCUGAAGUACAUUCUCUCAGACAGUAGCCCUGCCCCCGAGUUUCCCCUGGCGUAUCUGACCACCGAGAACCGAGACGUCUGGGCAGAGCUCAGGCGGAAGCUGGCGAGUGGUGGCAAUGAGGAGGCCCUGAGGAAAGUGGACUCUGCUGUGUUCUGUCUCUGCCUAGAUGACUUCCCCAUUAAGGACCUCAUCCACUUGUCUCACAACAUGCUGCAUGGUGACGGCACAAACCGCUGGUUUGAUAAGUCCUUUAACCUCAUUAUAGCCAAGGACGGCACUGCUGCUAUCAACUUUGAGCAUGCUUGGGGCGAUGGGGUGGCAGUGCUCAGGUUUCUUAACGAAGUGUUCAAAGACAGCACUCAGGCCCCUGCUGUCACCCCACAGAGCCAGCCAGCCCGCACAGACUCUUCUGUCGCCGUGCAGAAGCUUAACUUCAAGCUGAACGAUGCCUUAAAGACUGGCAUCAGCACCGCUAAGGAAAAGUUCGAUGCCACCGUGAAAACCCUCACUGUCGACCUCAUCCAGUUUCAGAGAGGAGGCAAAGAGUUCUUGAAGAAGCAGAAGCUGAGCCCUGACUCGGUGGCUCAGCUGGCCUUCCAGAUGGCCUUCUUGCGGCAGUAUGGGCAGACGGUGGCCACCUACGAGUCCUGUAGCACUGCAGCAUUCAAGCACGGCCGCACUGAGACCAUCCGCCCGGCCUCCAUCUUCACCAAGAGGUGUUCCCAGGCCUUCGUCAGGGAGCCCUCCAAGUACAGUGCUGGAGAGCUUCAGCAGAUGAUGACCAAGUGCUCCACGUACCACGGCCAGCUGACCAAAGAAGCAGCAAUGGGCCAGGGCUUUGACCGACACUUAUUUGCUCUGCGUUACCUGGCAGCAGCCAAGGGGAUUGCUCUGCCUGAGCUAUACCUGGACCCUGCAUAUGGGCAGAUAAACCACAACAUCCUGUCCACGAGCACUCUGAACAGCCCAGCAGUGAACAUUGGUGGCUUUGCCCCUGUGGUCCCUGAUGGCUUUGGCAUUGGGUAUGCUAUUCAUGACAACUGGAUAGGCUGCAACGUCUCCUCCUACCCAGGCCGCAAUGUCCGGGAGUUUCUCCAGUGUGUAGAGAAGGCCUUAGAAGACAUAUUUGAUGCCAUCGAAGGCAAAUGCAUCAAAACUUAGCUUCUGAGUGAGUGAAAAACUUCCAUCACUUCAUGGACAUGAAAAUUGGUGCCUAAUAGCCAGUAGGUGCUAGUAUAAGAACGAAACUAAUCAUGAGGUGCCUAAGCAGCCAGUGCUGUAAGACUUGAGCUUUAAGGUCAUGGUUUUAAAGCUAAACAUAUAAUUUCCAAUUAAGGGUAAUGUGAGAUUUCAAUUUUAAGGACAUUUGAUCAGAAGGUGGGAUUUGGAAAAAUAACUCUCAGGUGUAUUUAUUGUUGAAGCAGAAAUAAAAUUUAAUUGUUGCUUGGA